AUGCUGGAGAUCAAGCUUACAGACGAGGAGAAUGAGUUGUGCACGCUUCUUGACCAAUGCACGCGUCAUAUGAAGGAGACCGAGGGUAUAGAGACCUCAUGCAGGAUCGCUGGAGGAUGGGUUCGGGACAAGCUGGUUGGAUCACAAUGUAAUGAUAUCGAUAUCGCGCUCGAGAACAUGAUGGGUGUCCCGUUCGCCGAACGCUUCGUGGAAUAUUGUCGUACGGUGAAGGAUCUGGCAGUAAAGAGUGUCGCGAAGAUAGAGAGUAAUCCCGACCAAUCCAAACAUCUAGAGACCGCGCGUACGACAAUCAUGGGCAUCGAGCUCGACUUCGUCAACUUGCGAAGCGAAGAGUAUGCGGAGAACAGCCGCAUUCCCACUCAAGUGACUUUUGGCACACCUCUCCAAGACGCUAUCAGACGCGACAUUACGAUCAAUUCGUUGUUCUAUAAUGUUCAUUCAAGAGAGGUCGAAGACCACACCGGCAAGGGCCUCGACGAUCUCCGCAAUGGCAUCGUCCGGACACCGCUUCCACCACGAGAAACGUUCGCCGACGACCCCUUGCGUGUCCUGCGAUGCAUCCGGUUCGCUAGUCGUUUCGGCUUUACCAUGGUGCCGGAACUGCAAGAAGCAGCAAAGGAUCCUACGAUCCAAGAAGCUCUCAGGAUGAAAAUCAGCCGGGAACGCGUUGGUGAAGAGCUCGACAAAAUGAUGGGAGGACGCAACCCCUUACUGGCGAUCGACCUCAUCAACCACCUUUCCCUCUACUCCUCUGUGUUCAGCGUACCCGAAGCCACAGGCAUAAACCUCUCGGAAUCUUCCUUGCUCCCCUCUGAUGCGCUGAAUGCAGCAGCCCUCAUGCAUGCGCUGUCCGAUCCUGGGAAGAGCGAUGAUACCCUGUCCGGCGUACCCGUCCCUCCUCUGCCUGCUGUGCACCCCCUCCUCUUGUCAGAACUGUCAACGAAGAAUAACCCCUCCCGUCGCCUGUACCUCGCGGCCGCGCUCACGCCGUAUCGCGACCUCACCUACACCCAGAAGAACAAGACGCACCCCGCUACCGAAGCCGUACUCCGCGAGGGUCUGAAGCUCGGCGUACAGUACAACUACUCUAACGGCAUCCCUGCUCUGUUUGCGGCUGCAGAUGUUCUGCAGAAAGGCGUCGCCGAGUUCGAGGCCGGCAACAUGGACAAACCCGAGCGGGUAUGGAUAGGGUUGCUGCUGCGGGAGAGAAACGUCCACAAUCCAAUAUCGGGCUCGUUCUGGGCAACAUCCCUCCUGUUUUCUUUGGUCCAGGAAUUGACUGCUCUGUGGGCAGAGGGGAUCGAUCCGCUUGACGAAGUUGCACCUGCACGCAUAGCAGCAUACAACAAGUUUACUGCGCGGAUCGAAGAGCUCGACUUGCCUCCAGCUGUUGACGCUAAAUCGAUCCUUAACGGUCGGGAAGCCGUGGAUGUCCUGGGAGCAGCCAGCCCAGGGCCAUGGACGGGUGAGGUCCUCGCCCGCAUCAUCGAAUGGCAGCUCGAGCACCCACACGGCACGAAGGGCGAGUGCGAGACGUGGCUCCGUGCCGAACAGGCCGCGGGUCAUAUCAACAUAGUGGUUGGCAAGCGCGUCAUGGACGGCGCGGUGGAUGCUAAGGCGAAGAAGGCUAAGCGGUAG